AUGGAGAACCAGUGGAGUUUGGGGCUCCAUUUGAUUUUUGUAACUACUAUUUUGGCUGCCAACAUAAAUCCAUGUUUGGGUGCUCAAAAUACAACAGUGGCUUGCUUUGAACAUGAGCGACUAGCUCUUCUCAAAUUCAAACACAGUGUCAUAGAUGACUACGAUAUGUUGUCAUCAUGGAUUGGUAAUGAUUGUUGCCGUUGGGAUAAAGUCACUUGUAAUGGUGUCACUGGAAAUGUUGAAAGUUUGAUUCUCAGAGGUACUCUUAGUUUUUCUCUCCAGGAAUUCUUACUUGGUAAAGAGGUGAGUAUUUCUUUAGGAGAUUUGAGUCAUCUAAAAUAUUUGGACUUAAGUAUGAAUGAUUUUCAAGGAAGCCAGAUACCCAAGUUCAUUGGAUCCUUGAAACAAUUAACUUACCUCAAUCUCUCUAAUGCAAAAUUUUCUGGUAUUAUUCCACAUCACAUUGGAAAUCUUUCUAGUCUAACGACUCUUGAUCUCAGUUCAUUUUAUGAGAAAGAGCUUGUGGCAGAUGAUAUGAUAUGGAUUUCCGGCCUUAAGUCACUCGAGCAUCUUCACUUAAAUGUUGUGAAUCUUAGUGGAGCAAAAAACCUUGACAUCGUGCUUUACAUGAUUCCUUCGUUAAAAGAGGUAAGCUUGUCAGCAUGUGGUAUUUCCAAUGCCGAUCUUGGUCCUCUACAUAAUUCGAGCACUUCACUUUCUAACAUCAAACAUCUGGAUCUCAGCUACAAUUAUUUCAAAGGCAUGAUCCCUUCUUUAUUAGAGUUGCGCUUAAAAAAUUGCAACAUCAACGAGAUAUAUCUAUCUCAUACUCUUCAUAAUUUUAGUACCCUUCCUAAUAUCCAUCACUUAGAUCUGUCUUCUAAUGAGUUAAGGGGUCCCAUUCCGACAUUCCAUGGGAAACUUACUAAACUUUACCUUUCUGGUAAUUUUCUGAACAGUUCAAUUCCAGAACCUCUAGGAAAAUUAAGAUUACUACAGGUAUUAGAUCUAUCAGGUAAUAAGUUAACGGGUCACAUUCCGUCUUUCCCCGAGAAACUUAUUGAACUUGACCUUUCUGAAUUUCUAGGAAAAUUAAGAUUACUGCGAGUAAUAGAUCUAUCAAGUAACGAGUUAACAGGUCCCAUCCCGACAUUACUCGGGGAACUCCGUUCUCUUGAUGUCUCUUAUAAUUCUUUGGAGGGAGUAGUUUCUGAAUCCCAUUUUGCUAACCUUUCGAUGUUGAAGGACUUGAAUGCAGCUUCUAACAGUAAGUUGACAUUCAAUGUUUCACUUGAGUGGCUGCCUCCAUUCCAAUUAAUACAAAUUGAUCUCAGUUCUUGCAAGAUUAAAAACGGAUUUCCACAGUGGCUUCGAAAUCAAAGGAAACUUCAAAGAUUAGACUUGUCUAAUGCAACCAUCUCAGGACCUCUGCCCACAUGGUUCCGAAAGAUUCCCAUCAUUCCUUUCAUUAAUCUCUCCCACAAUAACCUCCGUGGACCUCUGAUAAACCUUCCUAGUGGAGGUACUAAUAUUGAUGAUUUGCGGAUUUUGUUUCUUCAAAAUAACAAUUUCAAUGAGUCUAUUCCAAAGUCCUUAUGCAAGAGGAUAGAUUUAGUUUAUAUUGAUCUUUCCAGAAAUAGGCUAAUCGGGAAAAUUCCCAAAUGUUUUAAGAACCUACAAAAAUUAUUUGUUUUGAAAUUAAGCUCAAAUGUGCUACGAGGCAGCAUUCCCAGUUCUAUAGGGCACAUUUCAUCAUUGGGAUCGUUAAGCUUGAAUGAUAAUAACUUUAGUGGUGAGCUUCCUGCGGUAUUUUGGAAUUUACGUUUACGGGUCUUAGAUUUGGGUGAUAAUGCAUUCUCUGGAAAAAUACCGGAGUGGAUGGGAGAAAAAAUGACAUCAUUGUUGGUUUUUAGGUUACAUAACAAUAACUUCACAGGAGGAAUUCCUCAAUCGUUGUGCACUAAUUUAGAACUUCAAAUUCUGGAUGUUGCACACAACAACUUAGUAGGAACAAUCCCUCAUUGUCUAGGAGAAUUGCAAGGCAUGGUUAUCAAUCAUACCCUUGCUACCAUUGGUGAGGGUACUGAGGAGAGGAUGAUUCGGGUAAUGAAAGGUGUUUCUCUUGAAUAUGCGAAUACAUGGUCUUUUGUCACUAACAUGAACCUUUCAAGCAAUAAACUUGUUGGAGACAUACUUGUAGAGUUAACUACACUUCAGGGAUUGGUGGGUCUCAAUUUGUCCAAUAAUCAUCUUAGCGGAUGCAUUCUGGACCACAUUGGAAACAUGACAGCAUUAUUCUCUCUCGAUUUAUCAGGAAACGAGUUGGGUGGGCCGAUCCCUCCAAGCAUUUUAGCUUUGACUUUUUUGAGCCAUUUAAAUUUGUCAAACAACAACUUGUCAGGCCGAAUUCCAACAGGAAAUCAGUUGCAGACCCUCAUUGAUCCAUCAAUAUAUGACGGGAACAAACAUCUGUGUGGAGCUCCAUUGCCAAAGAAUUGCUCCAGUCACAAAGACCCAACCGCUAAGCCCAAGAAAACACAUGAAGCAGCUGAUGAGCCCAACAAGGCAUGGUACUUUUAUCUGAACAUAACUUGUGGUUUCACAACAGGGUUUUGGGGAGUUGUUAUAGUUUUGGUGUUAAAGAAGCAAUGGAGGCAUAAGCUUUUCGUGUUUGCUGAGGAAACCAUGGACAAGAUACACGUUGCAAUCAUGGUGAGAGUUAACAAGAUGAAGAAAAGAAGAGAAGCCAUACAGAGUUGA